AUGAUGGAAAGAAUAAGAAAAGAGAUGAUUCUGAUGGAGAGAGGGCUGCACAGCCCCACGGCCGGCAAGCGGUUCUCCAAUUUGUCCGAUUCGGCUGGCAAUGCUGUGCUCGAGGCCCUGGAAAAUUCGCAGCACCCGGCUCGCCUCAGCCCGCGCCUGCCGUCCGCCCCCCUGCACAGCGCUCUGGGAGACCUCCCUGCCAAGGGCAAAUUCGAAAUAGACACUUUGUUCAACCUGCAGCACCCGGGCAGCGAAAGCACCGUCUCCUCCGAAAUCGCCUCCGCAGCCGAAGGCCGUAAAAAGCCGGGUCAUUAUUCAGAGGCGGCCGCCGAGGCGGACAUGAGCAGCGACGUGGAGGUGGGCUGCUCCGCGCUGCGCUCCCCUGGCGGCCUCGCCGCCGCGCCGCUCAAGGAAAACAAUGGCAAAGGGUACGCGGAGAGCGGCUCUGCCGCCGGCACCACGACGUCUGCGUCGGGCUCUGGCCUUGGCAGCCUGCAUGGAGGUGGCGGCAGCGGCGGUGGCGGGGGCGCGGCGCUGGGCGGCUCCGGCUCCGGCGCGGAUCAGGUGCGGCGCUACCGCACGGCGUUCACCCGCGAACAGAUCGCGCGCUUGGAGAAGGAGUUCUACAGGGAGAACUAUGUGUCUCGGCCCCGCCGGUGUGAGCUAGCCGCGGCGCUCAACCUGCCGGAAACCACCAUCAAGGUAUGGUUCCAGAACCGGCGCAUGAAGGACAAGCGGCAGCGCCUGGCUAUGUCGUGGCCGCACCCGGCCGACCCCAGCUUCUACACCUACAUGAUGACGCACGCGGCCGCCACCGGAAGCCUGCCCUACCCCUUCCACUCGCACGUGCCGCUGCACUACUACCCGCACGUGGGUGUCACGGCUGCGGCCGCGGCGGCCGCGGCCUCCGGCGCGGCGGCCGCGGCCUCGUCGCCCUUCGCCACGUCCAUCCGUCCGCUGGACACCUUCCGUGCCCUGUCGCACCCUUACUCGAGGCCGGAGCUGUUGUGUAGUUUCCGCCACCCGGGCCUCUACCAGACGCCAGCGGCCGCCGCUGGGCUCAACAGUGCGGCCUCCGCAGCGGCGGCUGCGGCGGCUGCGGCGGCUGCGGCCUCCUCGGCCGCGGCGGCCGGGGCGCCCCCCAGCGGCGGCUCCGCGCCCUGCUCGUGCCUCAGUUGCCACAGCAGUCAAUCCGCCGCGGCAGCCGCAGCAGCCGCCGCCGCGGCCCUGGGCUCCCGGGGCGGUGGCGGCGGCGGCGGGGGUGGAGGCGGAGGCGGCGCGGGGGCCGCCGGGGGCUCGGACUUCGGCUGCAGCGCCGCGGCGCCUCGCUCCGAGAGCGGCUUCCUGCCCUACUCAGCGGCUGUGCUUAGCAAGACCGCCGUGAGCCCGCCGGACCAGAGAGACGAGGCGCCGCUCACUAGAUAA